UAAAAGUCACAGGCAGUAAAACGCAUUUCUGUGUGGAAACUGAAGAGUUGACCCAUCUUGUACGGGGGAACCAGAAAGAUGGACUAUCUUUACCAUAUUCCAGGACUACUUCUCCUUGUUAUUCUGGCAGAAGUUCAGGAAAGUCACAACUCAACCAUCAUUCCAUCGACAAAACCAAUCAAGUCAACUACUUGCACAAAUUCACCAUUCAGCAUUGACAGGACAAUGUUUUUUUCUGCCACCAUAGGCUUUCUCAUCAUUAUAAUCAUAGUGCUUGUUGCCAUUUUACUCAGAAGAAAACUUGCAGAGCAUACUGGCAUUACAUCCAAUUCCCUUAAAGAGGGGAACAAUAUACAGAUGAUGUACAUGAAAAGCGUAGAGUCUCCUUCAGAAGAAGAUGCUGCCUGCAGCCUCCCCGCAGAAGGCAGCAGGACUGAGCAUGAUGAUGAUUCAAGUGACGACUCUUCAUCCACCAGUUCAGAAAGCUCAGGCGCUUCUGUGGAUCUCCCAUUUAAGGAUGAUUACGUAAACCUAUCCCAGGGUGGGAUAGGGGCAUGCCCCACCAGUUUACUUGGAGUUCAAGACUACGUGAAUGUUGUGCCCAGGCACUCCAGUGAUAGUAUGGACAAGGACGACGAUGAUGCACCAAAAGACACUGCAACAUCUGUCGAAAGUGAUAGUGAGGACAGCGAGGAUAACGAACUCAACUAUACAACAGUUGUUUUCAACUAAGACAAAAGGGCCAAGUGUUUACAUACAUUUCCCAAAGCUUCACAGGUCACACACUGAAAGAACUUGGCCCUUAUGUAUACUGGGUGCAUUUCGUUCAUGGCAGUCUUACAAAGCCUGCAAGAAAGAUAUGGUCUGCAUUUCUUUUUCUGAAGAAUUUAAGUACCUCAAAAAUGUCUGUAAGUGAUAGCCAUAAGAAAAGGUAACAAACUUGAAUACAUGCAUUUUGUACAGAGUAUGAGAUGAUGACAUC